AUGGGGAGACUGUUUUUCUUUGGUUUCAUUGGUCUAGCGAUUUCAUGGGCUGCUCUCUACUACCGAUAUAGUGACGAAAAGAACACUUUGGCUAGAAAAUUCCGACUAGACCCACCACCAGCGCUCGUUGGAAACUUAUUCAUCAAUGCGGAUCUUGAGAAGGCGACGCAUAUUUUGGAUGGAAAGAUUUCCGGACCAGAAUCUAUGGCUGUUGAUGACGAUGGUGCUAUUUACGCUUCUGUUUAUGAUGCAAAAAUCCUGAAAAUCGUCAACGGACAAGUUGUGAGCAAAGCAGCGUACUCUGAGAAAUCUAAAUUCUUUCCGGAUUGUGGAAGUUUCGAUACAGAGCCAGAAUGUGGAAGACCACUCGGAAUUCGUCAGUUGGUGAAGGGAAAACCAAAGUUCGUCGUUGCGGAUGCCUAUUUGGGAGUUUUCAUCGUCGAUUUUUCUAAUGAACAGAAUCCAACCUCCACCCAAAUCCUCGACUCUCGUGUUCCAAUCGAUGGAUUCAAGCCCAGAUUCCUCAACGAUUUAGAUGUGAUUUCCUCCGAUGAGGUCGUCAUCUCUGACAGCUCCGUCCGUCAUGAUCGUCGUCACUUCAUGCCUCUGAUUCUGGAGCAUUUCGCUGAUGGACGCAUUCUACAUCUGAAAAUUUCCACGAAAGCUGUAAAAGUUCUCGCUGACAAGCUAUAUUUCCCCAAUGGAAUCCAGCUGUCAGAGGACAAAAAGACACUAUUAUUCUCGGAAUGCAGUAUGGCGCGAAUCAAGAAAUUGACAAUUGCAUCUGGAAAAAUUGAGAUGUUUGCUGCAAAUCUUCCAGGCCUGCCAGAUAACAUCAGAAGCAGUGGACGUGGAACUUAUUGGGUUGGAUUGGCUGCCACUCGUACUGCUACUCAUCCAUCAAUGUUGGACCGUCUUGGAAGUCAUCCAAGAAUCCGCCAAUUCCUCGUCGAUGUUGUUCCUGCUGAAUAUUGGAAACCGCUUCUUGGACUAUUCAAAUCUCCACAUUCCAUUAUUCUGGAACUGGAUUCACAUGGAGAAAUCGUCAGAAGUCUUCAUGACGUCACCGGCAAGGUGGUUGGAGACGUGUCGCAAGUAACGGAACACAAUGGAGAGUUGUAUAUUGGAAGUUUCUCUGAUAAUUUUAUUGCUAAAUUGAAAUUGUAA